AGACCAAUAUUAAGAAUUUUCAAAUUCCAACCUUGUUCUAUCGCUUCUCAAAAAUUUAGCCUGGUAUGUCCGACGAGCAGAACAAAGAAGAAAAGAAGCCAUGCACCAAUCCAGCACCGUCAGACGACCUCAGAUGGGUCCCAAUCCCCAAUGAGGCUCUAGAACACUGGCAAAAUGGCAACGUUGGAGUCAUGAUCUCUCCGGGUCCAGGAGAGUACUACUAUGCUUCCCGAGAAGAAUACGAGGAGGCAGUAAUGUCGGGUAAACAUCCAAACAACGAAUGGGUGGAUGGAGAGGAUCCGGAUGAAAACAACACCGAAUUGAAGAAGACAAAAAAGAAAUUGCGAAAGACAAUUAAGAAACGCGAGUGCAAAAUCAGAAUCUUUAAGAAGAAACGCGACGACAAUGAGGACGAACAUCGCAGAAACCGCGUUUGUUAUUUUACAUGA